CGAAUAGACGUUCGAUAUGUUCUCUGGCACAAAUCCUUAACAAAUAAUGAAUUGGGUAGUCCCACAAGUCGUUUUGAUAGGCCACGAAGCAGGACGUCAUGGCUCGAUACUAUGAGACCUCCUGCGCUCUAUUGCUCAAGUCUUUUCGUACUCCGUUUUUCUUUGCUUCAUAUAUCUGCAAGCUUACACAGCUUGUCUCUUGGAUUCUUAUUUCCAUUUACUGUUCAAUGCAGUUUUAUUUUUCCGCAGAUAUGUGAACAAGGAUCACAAAACGGUCUUUUGACGUUUCAGUGACCAGAUUUCUUGAGUCUGAGGCCGCGUAUGACCCGUCCAGCAUCCCCAAAAAGUUCUACGACACAUUAGACAUCCAAAUCCUCAAAUGAUGCUUAUCUACGGACCUAUCUGCAGCUUUUAUAUCGAUCAUGGUCGAUGAGGACGUGUCACACAACCGAUCGAGUCGGUUCCAGGAGGAUAUCAACGAAGAGACAUCAUUCCUCUCCACAAGCAGUCAGGAUGAAAGUAGUUACGGCACAGUAUCCUCAAAUACAACACUUCAAGAUGACGAAUCGGACGAUAACGAGGCUGAGUUUGAGAAUUACCUUGCAAGAGCACAAACCAUCGGCCAUGGAACAGAAGCCGAAGCACAGGUUGGUGCCUCUCUGCGAAAUCCUCGAAAGUACAGAUUCCUCCCACGAAUACCUCUAGCUUUGAACUAUGGGACCGUGUCCACCAAUGGAAGCCACUCGAGGCCGACGUCUAUCGACGAAGAAACUGAGACGGAAGAAGAGGCGGAUCCGAAAAGUCGAUACCUCGGCGGCGUCAGCAAACCACAAUUCUGGCUUAUCUUUGCGAGCUUGACGAUAUCAUAUUUUGUUUCUUGUUUCGAUGGAACGAUCAUGGUUUCUAGCCAUCCAGUCAUUACCUCUUACUUCCAGAGCGCAAACAGCGCAUCAUGGCUCUCGACAUCCUUCCUUCUUACCUCUACUGCUAUACAACCUCUGUUCGGUCGACUAUCGGAUGCUGUUGGGCGGAAAUAUCCCUACAUAGGUACUGUGGCUAUUUUCUUGGUUGGUACGAUAUGGUGUGCCUCCGCUAGGAAUAUCACGAGCUUCAUUCUGGCCAGAGGAUUCUGCGGGAUUGGUGCAGGAGGCAUGAUGGCUAUAGGUGCUAUUAUCAUCAGCGACCUCGUACCUAUCGAGAUUCGUGGAGCAUACCAAUCCUACAUGAAUAUCGUGUUUGGGGCUGGGGCUGCGUCAGGAGCUGCGUUGGGUGGAGCCAUUGCUGAUAAUCUUGGUUGGCAAUGGGAGUUUUGGAUUCAGUUGCCGUUUCUUGUCGUCUGUUUAUGUCUUGCAAUAUGGACAAUACCAAACGAACUGGGCACCGUGGAAAGUCAAGAAAAACGUCUUUGGGAAGUCAUGAAAUCAUUCGACUACAUGGGGUCAGCGUUACUCACAACUGCAAUCACAUUCUCCAUCCUCGGGCUAAACCUCGGAGGGAACAUCUUCAACUGGACCCACCCAUUCAUCCUCUCUUGCUUCACAAUUGCCACCAUCUCCUUCCCCGCAUUCAUCCUAAUCGAAACCAAAGCCAAACUCCCAAUAAUGCCCAUCAACCUCAUCAAACACAACCCCCGCGCCGGACUGAUCCUCUCUAACACUAUAGCUGCCAUGGCCAUCAACGCAAUAACAUUCAACCUCCCCCUCUACUUCCAAGCCGUCCUCCUCGAGACCGCCACCACCUCCGGCCUCCGUCUCAUAAUCCCCACCCUCGUCGCCUCGCUCAUCGGCGCCGCAACUGGCUUUUUAAUAACCUGGACUAAAAAGCUGAAAUGGCUCUUAGUGACCGGGAACAUCUUCCUCCUACUCGGCGGAAUCGUACUCUCGGUCAUGCAUCGCGGAUUACCGCCUUGGCUAUACAUCCUCUGUAUCGUUCCCUCCAGUAUCGGCCAAGGAUUCAUGAUGCCCGCCACAUUCAUGGCAGUCCUCGUAGCGUCCGAACAAGUAGAACAAGCUGUUGUUACCAGCACGCUUAUGCUGUGGCGAUCACUUGGAUUUAUCUUGGGUGUUGCGAUGAGUAGUCUUGUGUUACAAAACGCGUUGAUUUCGAACCUUGAGCAGAAUGUUACGGGGGCUGAUAAGGAGAGUAUUAUCCGACAAGUUCGAGAAUCGGUGCAAGCGAUUUCGGGGCUUGAGCCGGUGGCGAGAGAACAGGUUAUAAAUGCGUAUUCGGCGUCGUUAAGAGCGACGUUUAUCCUUGCGGCUGUGUUGGGGGCCGUGGCGGUGUUGAUUACGAUUCCGUUGAAGGUUCCUAGACUUGGGUAUAGAAAGGGAUAGAUAUAUAUAAUACCAGCCGGUUAUUGUAAUUUGAUAGUGG